CACACACACUGCUCCAAAAUAUUUUUUUAUACAACGGUGGGGGCUCCGGAGAAUAUAAGGUGGCCAUAUUUGAUAGAUUUGUGUCGGGCUCUGCAAUGCAGAAAGAGAGUUGCGUGAUCUUGCAAGAAGUGACAGUGACACCACGCGAGUGUGUCGGAUUCGUGACUGAUCCGGACUUGGAGGGGGAAAAGAGAGGAAAGGAGGGAGGGGGGGCAAGACAGAAAAGAAACAAACAAGUAACAAUGUAACUUACAUGCAGUCACACACCCCUUUCUCUUGUAACAAUGUGUACGUUUUUAAGGAGGGAGGGGGCGCGCGGAGGGAGAAAGAGAGACGGAGAGAGAAAGGAGGAGGGGGGUGCGUUCUGAAAUAAUAUAGUCAGCCAUUUUUUAUGUAAGGGGAUUUUUUCUUAUUGGGGGGGUUGUUAAAAAAUAAAUAUAAGAGGGCGGCCAUCUUUGUUGCUCUGCCUAGUGUAAAAUAUUUCAAAACGCCCCCCACUUUUUUCUGUGCCGAUUUGAAUAUUAAAUAAAUAUCACACAUUCGGGGCAAGAAUACGCUUUUUUGAAUACAAGGACGGACCCAAUGACAGGAAUAUAAUGUCCUCUCCUCUCCGGUCCUGUGAGGAAGACGAGGGCAUGGUGGUUAAUUCCGAGGGAGGAGAUUUUGAUGAAGAAGACGACGACGACGGAGACCUAGACGAGAACGCAAGCGACAUAAACUCGCCGGCGGCGCCUCGGGAAACUGCAACACCAGCCGCGCCAGACGAAGAGCCAGAGGUAUCAGACAGAGAGAUCCCGUGCAGGAAGAAAGGGCGUCCGAAAAAGAAGAGGGAGGCAAAGAAGAAAGACAAAGAGGGGAAACCGGUCAAAGCAAAAAAACGGAAGAAGAUUGACAGCGAUGUAGAGAGAGACUCAGACAGAGAACGAGAUUACGGCGAGAACUCAGACAGUGUAGCCAGCGACUAUGGAUCUGGAGAGAAAAAGAAAAAGAAGAAACAUAAAGAAAGGAAGGAGAAGAAAACCAAGAAGAAGAAAAAACUCGAUGGGGACCGAGACAGCAGUCAGGAGGAAACAACAAAGCAGCCAAUAGAGCAGAAGACGUCGGCCCAGCUGGCGAAGGAGUGGGGUCUGGAGGAUGUUGAUCAUACCUUCACAGAGGAGGACUACAGGGAGCUCACCAACUACAAAGCCUUCAGCCAGUUCAUGAGGCCGAUGAUAGCCAAGAAGAAUCCUAAGAUCCCCAUGUCUAAGAUGAUGACCAUCCUGGGGGCCAAGUGGAGGGAGUUCAGCUCCAACAACCCCUUCAAGGGCAACGCCGCUGCUGUCGCGGCGGCCGCUGCAGCUGCCGCGAUCGCUGUCGCUGAGCAGGUCUCCGCAGCGAACGCCUCGCCUGAGCCUCCGCCGCAGCCACCACCAAUCAGGAAGGCCAAGACGAAAGAGGGCAAAGGCCCCGGCUAUAAGAAGCGCAGUAAAAGUCCUCGAGUCCCGGACAAGAAAAAGGCUCUGGCAAAGGCAAAAAAGAUGGCGCCCAUUCGUAUCAAACUAUCGCCUAUAGGUGCAAAGAGGAAGAAGAGUUGCUCAAGCGAUGACAUGGACGAGGACGAGUCGGAGCAGGAGGACUCCAGCGUUCACAGCUCCUCCGUUCGCUCCGACAGCUCCGGCCGCGUCAAGAAGAACAAGCGCGGACGGCCUGCCAAAAAGAAGAAGAAGAGUGCAAUUCCAGGUGAAGAGGAAGGAGACGGCUACGAGACGGAUCAUCAGGACUACUGCGAGGUUUGUCAGCAGGGCGGAGAGAUCAUCCUGUGUGACACGUGUCCCCGAGCGUAUCACCUCGUCUGCCUGGAGCCCGAGCUGGACAAGGCCCCCGAGGGCAAGUGGAGCUGCCCGCACUGCGAAAAAGAGGGAAUUCAGUGGGAAGCAAAGGACGAGGAUUUUGAGGACUUUGAGGAGGACAGCGAGGACAGAGUGAUCUCAGAGGUCAGAGUGGGCGUCCCCACGGGGGCGGACGAGGAGGAUGAUGACCACAUGGAGUUUUGUCGGGUGUGUAAAGACGGAGGCGAGCUGCUGUGCUGCGACACCUGCACCUCCUCUUACCACAUCCACUGUCUGAACCCGCCGCUGCCGGAGAUCCCCAACGGAGAGUGGCUGUGUCCGCGCUGCACGUGUCCGCCAAUCAAAGGACGUGUCCAGAAGAUCCUCCACUGGCGAUGGGGUGACCCUCCGCCUCCCAUCCCUGUUCCCCCGGCUCCUGACGCCCCUCCGGACGCCCCGCCGCCGCCACCCAUGAAGGGCCGAGCAGAGAGGGAGUUCUUCGUCAAACUGACCGGGCAGUCGUACUGGCACUGUACCUGGAUCACUGAGCUGCAGCUGGAGAUCUUCCACUCGGUGAUGUACAGAAACUACCAGAGGAAGACGGACAUGGACGAGCCUCCCAGCCUGGAUUACGGGUCAGGCGGAGAGGACGAGAACACGGUGGGAAAGAGCGAGAAGAGGAGGGCCAAGGACCCCCAGUACGCCAUACUGGAAGACAAGUACUACAAAUACGGCAUCAAGCCUGAGUGGAUGAUGAUCCACCGCAUCAUCAACCACAGUGUGGAUAAGAAGGGGAUGUACCACUACCUGGUCAAAUGGAGAGACCUGACCUAUGAUCAGUGCACCUGGGAGAGAGACGACAUGGACAUCCCUGAAUUUGCAAUUUACAAGGGCAACUACUGGAGACACAGAGAUGCAAUAAUGAAGGAUGACCUGGACAAACCCAGGAAGAUUAGGAGUAAGACCCAGGAGGGUGAGGAGGAGGAGGAGGAGGAUCCCGCCUCGCCCGUCACUGACCCUACGAUAAAAUACGAGGAGCAGCCCGACUUUGUCACAUCGACCGGCGGGACGCUGCACCUGUACCAGCUGGAGGGUCUGAACUGGCUCCGGUUUUCCUGGGCUCAGGGCACGGACACCAUCCUGGCAGACGAGAUGGGCCUCGGCAAGACCAUCCAGACCAUCGUCUUCCUCUACUCGCUCUUCAAAGAGGGCCACACUAAGGGGCCGUUCCUGGUCAGCGCUCCGCUCUCCACCAUCAUCAACUGGGAGAGGGAGUUUGAGAUGUGGGCGCCCGACUUCUACGUGGUGACGUACACGGGAGACAAGGACAGCCGAGCCAUCAUCAGAGAGAACGAGUUCUCCUUCGACGACACGGCCGUAAAAGGAGGGAAGAAGGCCUUCAAACUCAGGAGAGAAGCUCCUAUCAAAUUCCACGUGCUGCUGACCUCCUAUGAGUUGGUGACCAUCGACCAGACGGCACUCAAAUCCAUCGACUGGGCCUGUCUGGUGGUGGACGAGGCUCACCGUCUCAAGAAUAAUCAGUCCAAGUUUUUCAGGCGUCUGAACGACUAUAAGAUCGACCACAAGCUGCUGCUGACGGGAACGCCUCUACAGAACAACCUGGAGGAGCUGUUUCACCUGCUCAACUUCCUCACACCCAACCGCUUCAAUAACCUUGAAGGCUUCCUGGAAGAGUUUGCCGACAUCUCCAAGGAAGACCAGAUCAAGAAGCUCCACGACCUGCUGGGGCCUCACAUGCUGCGCAGGCUGAAGGCCGACGUCUUCAAGAACAUGCCCGCCAAGACCGAGCUGAUUGUCCGAGUGGAGCUGAGCCCCAUGCAGAAAAAAUACUACAAGCUGAUUCUGACCAAGAACUUUGAGGCUCUGAACUCGAAAGGCGGAGGAAACCAGGUCUCUCUGCUCAACAUCAUGAUGGACCUAAAGAAGUGCUGCAACCACCCCUACCUCUUCCCCGUCGCCUCCAUGGAAGCCCAAAAAACCCCCAACGGUGCUUACGAGGGGUCGGCCCUCACCAAGGCCUCCGGCAAACUGAUGCUGUUGCAGAAGAUGCUGAGGAAACUGAAAGAGCAGGGGCACCGAGUACUGGUCUUCUCACAGAUGACUAAAAUGCUGGAUUUACUAGAAGAUUUCUUGGACCAUGAAGGUUACAAGUAUGAACGAAUCGAUGGCGGCAUCACAGGAGCGCUGAGACAAGAGGCCAUCGACCGCUUCAAUGCUCCUGGCGCUUGUCAGUUCUGUUUCUUGCUCUCCACCAGAGCGGGAGGUUUGGGCAUCAACUUGGCCACAGCGGACACCGUCGUCAUCUUCGACUCGGACUGGAACCCUCACAACGACAUACAGGCGUUCAGUCGAGCGCACCGAAUCGGGCAGGCCAACAAGGUGAUGAUCUACCGCUUCGUGACGCGAGCCAGCGUGGAGGAGCGCAUCACUCAGGUGGCCAAGAGGAAGAUGAUGCUGACCCACCUGGUGGUCCGACCGGGACUUGGAUCCAAGGCUGGCUCCAUGACCAAACAGGAACUGGACGACAUCCUCAAGUUUGGGACAGAAGAGCUCUUCAAGGAUGAAGUAGAACGAAUGAAGAAUAGUUCUGGGGACAAAGUUGAGGACGAGGGUAGCGUGAUCCACUACGACAACGUUGCCAUCGAGAGGCUGCUGGACCGAAGCCAAGACGCCACCGACGACUCGGACGUCCAGAACAUGAACGAGUACUUGAGCUCCUUUAAGGUGGCCCAGUACAUGGUCCGAGAGGAGGAUAAGAUCGAGGAGAUCGAGCGGGAGAUCAUCAAACAGGAGGAGAACGUGGAUCCGGAUUAUUGGGAGAAACUGUUGCGGCAUCACUACGAGCAGCAACAAGAGGACCUGGCGAGCAAACUGGGCAAAGGCAAGAGGAACCGCAAGCCUGUCAACUACAACGACGCUGCACAGGAAGACCAAGAGUGGCAUGCUGACAUUUCAGAUAACCAGUCCGAGUAUUCAGUGGGCUCCGAGGAGGAGGAUGAAGACUUUGACGAUCGGCCAGAAGGCCGAAGGCAGUCGCGUCGCCAGCUGAGGAACGAGAAGGAUAAACCUCUGCCUCCUCUUCUGGCCAGAGUGGGAGGCAACCUUGAGGUGCUGGGCUUCAACACACGCCAGCGAAAGGCUUUCCUCAACGCAGUGAUGCGCUGGGGGAUGCCGUCUCAGGACGCCUUCUCCUCUCAGUGGCUGGUCCGAGACCUCAGGGGCAAGACUGAGAAAGAGUUCAAAGCGUAUGUGUCUCUCUUUAUGCGUCACCUGUGCGAGCCGGUGGCAGACGGGGCAGAGACGUUUGCAGACGGCGUGCCGAGGGAGGGCCUGUGUCGCCAGCCAGUCCUCACACGCAUCGGCGUCAUGUCUCUCGUCAAGAAGAAGAUCCAGGAGUUUGAGCACAUCAAUGGCCGGUGGAGUCUUCCAGAGCUCAAGCCCGAGGUCGUCAUUGACAAAUCCUCCUCCAGGGCCUCCUCCCCAGCCGUCAAGACCGCCACGCCCACCCCGGAGGCCAGCUAUAACAACACACCUUGCACCUCAAAGCCAGCAACCCCUGCUCCUUCAGACAAGCUGGAAAAGAACGGGAAGGAGGGAGAGAAGGAGGAGGAGAAGGAGGAGGGCAGCGAGGCUCCACCUGACAAAGAGAAAGUGAAGGAGAAAGAAAAGGAUGAAGGCAAAGAGAUGGACAGCAACCAGACUGCCGAACCUGAAGAGCUUCCCUCUUCGACAAAAGACACCUCACAAAGCGCGUCCCCGAGUCAAAAGGCCGAAGGCAAAGAGGACAGCGAGCUAAAAGAGGAGGAGAAGAAGGACACAACCGAUGCUCCAAGUGCAGCAACAGAGGAGAAAAAAGUCCAAGAGGACAGUAAAGAAGAGACGAAACAAGAGGGCGAGGUCAAAGAGGAGAAAUCAGGCGAAAAGGGAGAAAAGACGGUGGAGGAAAAGGAAAAAGACAAAGAAAAGCAGGAAGAGACACAAACAGCAGCUGAAACGGCGGACGCAAAGGAGAAGAGCGAGGUGUCUGACGUGAAGAAAGAGGAGGUCAAAGGUGAAAAGGAUGCUGGGAAAGAAGUAAGAGCUGUGAAGGAGGAUGCACCAAAGGGUAACGGGAGGCCUCCCAUCGAGCGACCUCGCUUCAUGUUCAACAUCGCAGACGGCGGCUUCACGGAGCUGCACACUCUCUGGCAGAACGAGGAGCGGGCUGCCAUCUCCUCGGGGAAGAUGAACGAGAUCUGGCACCGCCGACACGACUUCUGGCUGCUGGCGGGAAUCGUGAUUCACGGCUACGCCCGGUGGCAGGACAUCCAGAAUGACCCCCAGUUCGCCAUCGUCAACGAGCCUUUCAAAUCGCAGGCGAAUAAAGGCAACUUCCUGGAGAUGAAGAACAAGUUCCUCGCUCGACGCUUCAAGCUGUUGGAGCAGGCGCUGGUGAUAGAGGAGCAGUUGCGGCGGGCGGCCUACCUGAACAUGACCCAGGACCCGAGCCACCCGGCGAUGGCGCUCAAUGCUCGCUUCUCAGAGGUGGAGUGCCUCGCCGAGUCCCACCAGCACCUCAGCAAGGAGUCGCUGGCGGGCAACAAGCCAGCCAACGCUGUCCUGCACAAAGUGUUGAACCAGCUGGAGGAGCUGCUGAGUGACAUGAAGGCUGACGUGACCCGGUUACCGGCCACGCUGGCCAGAGUCCCGCCCAUCGCCGCCCGCCUGCAGAUGUCCGAGAGGAGCAUCCUCAGCCGACUGGCCAGCAAGGGCACUGAGACGCACACACCCCCGCCCAUUCCUCCAGGACCCUACGCAAUCCCUCACAACUACGGAGCGCCCUUCACCCCCGCCCCCCCGAGCGCCCUACUCAUGGGAGGAGCCAACUACAGUCAGAUGCCGCCCGGAUCCUUCAUAUCAGUGCUGAACGGGCCUCCCAUGUCUGUAAAGAAGGAGCGGGAAGCAGAGCUGCUAGUCAACCGGCGGGAGCAGCGCAGCGGAGAGGUCAUCUGUAUCGACGACUAGACUACACACAAACACACGCUUAAACACACACACACACACUGAAACCCAUCUGCUGCAACUGUAUCUCCAAUUUCUCUCCAACAAAAUGAACCACACAUCCAGUAUUAAAACAAAUUGACUGACUCUAGGGUGUACUUACUAGUGAUUGUAGUUGCUUCAUUCUGACUGGUACUCCCCGAAAAACUACAAUCGCACACACAUGCAGUACAUAAACACAUGCACAUGUGCACUUACUGUCCACGGACACACACACACACCUACAGCACACACAGUCCAUAUUGUCUCAUAACUUCUUGUGACCUUUUCUUGUCUGCCUCAAACCAUUAUACUCCUCAUAAGCGGGCCUCCUCACACAGGCCUCCUCCUCCUCCUCCUCUCGGGAUGCUUCUAACCUCAUCUACACACACUUACACACUCACGCACGCACGCACGCACACACACGCACACACACACACACACACACACACACACACAACGCACCUCAAUCCUAGAAACCUUUAGAUCUCAAUAGACCAUGUAACCUUCCUCCUCCUCCUCCUCCUCCUCCCCCUCGACAGGAAGCUGCAUGUGAAACGAAAAUAAUUUCUACCGCCGCACUCCAUCCCCUGAAGCAUGCUCUAAUCACAAUAAUGCUGUCUCGUGGAAAGGAAAAAAAAUGGUGUCAAGCUGUGCCUACAGUUGUUUUAAUACUGUUUUUAAUUCUCCCGGGAGAGGCUGAAUCUCUGGUUUCUCAGUCCGAGCAGCUCCAAGCACAGCUCCAUCUUUUUUCUGUUUUUAUUUUUGCUUUUUUUUUUUUUUUUUUUAAAGGUACAUGUUUGGAUGAAAAACGCGCAGCAAUGAUAUGAUAUGAUGAUUCAAUUCAGGACUUGUUCGACCACAUUAAAGGGAGAGUUUGGAUUUUUUUGAAGUGGGGUUGUAUGGGGUGCUUUUCCAUUCUUAGUGUGUUGCAAACAGUAGAUGUCCGUCGGUGCGCCUCCAAUUUGAAGAAGCAGGCCGGAGUAUCGACGUGGUAGCUAAGCAAUGUACUGCUGUGGAUGGGGGCCAGCAGCAAAACAUAUUUUAGCCACCUAAAAAAAAAAUCACACUUAAAGAAUUAUAUCUGUUUAAGUGUAGGCUAUAUUUAUGAUGUUUUCACUGCCUUAUCUUUCCUUCAGAUAGUGAUUUCCACAGGGAAACCGAAACCAUUCAUAUCGCUCUCUUCUAAACCAAACUCCAUUGACAAAAAUAGUCAUUUUAAAUUUGCUGAACACAGGAGCUGCUGCCUUAAUUAGUUAGUUUGUUUGUGAUAUAGCGGGACUUCGGCGUUUAAAAGGGUCAGUUCAGAUUCACCAAAGUCGCACAAUAACAAAAGAAUACUAACUGAUAGAAGCAACAGUAGACCAGCAGCUCCCAUGUUCAGCCAGCUAAAAUUACUGAAUUUGUCAAUGGAAACUGGUGGUCUAAAAAAAGCCCUACCCCCAAAAAAUUAAUAUCAGUUUAAGUGUAUGCAAUGUUCAUAUUUUCACCACUUUACCUUUCCGUCAGACAGCUGGCUCUUAUGGGCAAGCCCUCAACGACUUCAGUUACCCAUCUAUGCUCUCGUCAAAGCCACCAGACUCCAUUGACAAAAUCAGUAAUUUUAGCUAGCUGAACGUGGGAGCUGCUGGUCUACAGCAGCCUCUAUUAUUUAGUUAGUUUGUGUUAUUGUCUGAUUUCAGGGCAUCCGAUGGAAACUUUUUACACGCCAAAAUCACAAAAUAACACAAACAAACGAACCACUCGAAGCAGAAGUAGAUCAGCAGCUCCUGUGUUCAGCGAUGUUAAAUCACUGUUUUUCUCAAUAGAGUUUGGUUUUGAAGAGAGCGCUAAAAUGACUUCAUUUUCCAUUGAAUCACUGUCUGGUGGGUAAGGUAAAGUAGUAAAAAUAUUUUAAAUACAGCAUACACUUAAACUGAUUUUAAUUUUUUUAGGGGGAGCUUUUUUUUAUUUGGAAAAAUGUUGUUUUUUUUUGUUGGUCCCCAUCAACAGCAAUAGAUUGCGUAGCUUCCAGGUCAGACUCCAGCCUGUUUCACCAAACUGGUGGCGUGCUGAACGACAUCUACAUUAUACAAUACACUAUAUCUAUCGAUUAUUAAUCCAUUCAACCCAAAUUUCAAAAGAUCUGAACUAUCUCUUUAAAUAUUUGCCGCCCUGCUUCCCCAGUUCUAGUUUAUGUAAAGAGCUUCAAGGUAUUUUGGGAGUUUGUUCCAGAAAAGGCGAAAUCUACGAUGCUAUUUUUCAGAAGCCUCCUAUGAAUGUUUAUAACCUUUUCAUAAGCAAGUCAGUGUUAUUAAAACCUUAUCUCAACACUCCUCUCGACGCCCUUCCCCCUCUCUCAGUCAAUCCCAUUUUUCUUUUCUCCAAGUUUCUAUUUCUUUCUACAAAAAUCCUGUGAUAUACUUUGCAUAUUUAAACAGCUCAUUCGUGUUCUCUUGUGUUUUUACUCUCGCGAUUAUGAGUAUUUGUCGUCGUCGAUGUUGUUCUCGCCGUCGCUAUUCGAGAAAGAGCUUCUACCAAAAGAGACAUUUUUUUGUAACAAGAAACGUUUGUCCUAUGAUUGCAAAGAGAACGCAAAACGAAGAAGUUGAGCUAACUUCAGAGGUAGAUACUAUAUUACAAGAAAAACUCAUUUUUCUUGCUUACGUUUUAGAUUUGGGGCUUGCAAAUGACAUAUACAUAUAUAGAAAAUAGGCCAUAUGUAACCCUAAAUGCUUCUAUGAGCAGAAAUAAUGUAUACUCUCUAACCCCAGUAAAAGUACACGGUUAUUAUCUGGAAAAUCGAAGGCUGGAAAUCCAUUUUAUAUACCGCAUCAUUAAAAAACGCCUUAAUAAACAUAGCUGAACAAAUGUAAAGUCAUCAAACUGAAUUAAGAACCUGAUGUCAACCUGUAAAUCCUAGUCAGUCUGCUUUAUGUUAAAAAUAAUAAUAAAAAAAUGCUAAUGUAGGAGUUAAUUUAUCUCAUAAAUCCCGGACAUUUUACACCGAUGAUCCCAGGAAACAGUCCAUUUUACAAAUUAUGUUUCACACAAAGGUUUUUGCAACCCCGGAACUAAAAUGUUAAAAGCACUUAGUUCUUUUUUUUCUUUCCACUUUUACUUUGUUCUCUCUCCAGAUUUUGUGUUAAUUUCUGGGUAUCUUGUGUCACUGUGUAUGUAGUGGUGCCGAUCAAAUGAUGAGUGGCAGUGAAACAUGUCAAUGAUGACGCAUCUCCUUUUUUUCUUUCUUUAUUUUUAUUUUUUUGUUUGUAAUAAAACUGAAUGAAA